AUGUCUCAUUCUCUGCCUGUUCAUUUCUUUGACAUUGAAUCCAAUCUCCCAGGUAUAGAUACAGCCCUCAAGACAGUUUCUCUUUCUUAUGAAACGCCGAGUAACCCCAUGCCAUUAGUCCCUUUCAAGUCAUGGUCCUCCAGUACACUGAAGAUCCGAAUGGUCCUCAACUAUAAGAAUAUUCCGUAUACGCAAAGCUACACAUCGUAUCCCGACAUUUGUCCACUUCUCCAAAGUCUCGCUGUCCUACCUCACACCAAGGGCAGACUGACGCAUACCCUUCCCGCAAUCUCUCAUCCAGAUUCAAUUAAAGACAAUCCGACCGGCACCAUGAUGGAUUCUUUCCCCAUCGCACUGCAUUUGGAUAAAACGUUCCCGUCACCGCCAUUAUUUCCCUCUGGGGAUGCAAGCCACGCUUUAGCCAUCGCUGUAGAAAAGUUGGUGCUAUGUGCAUCGGGCAAAGGUCUGUUCAUUCUCCUACCCAAGGCUAUCAAUAUUCUGGACGCCCGAGGCAAGGACUACUUUGUGAGCACAAGGUCCCGUUGGUUCGGCAAACCUUUACAAGACCUUGAGAUUACAGACCCUCAGGAGGUGGAAAAAACAAAAGACGCCUUGAAAGCCGAGCUUGAGGUCUUUUUUCGGAUGCUCGCUGGAAGGGAGGGCAAGGAAGGUCCCUUUCUGGAGGGUAAACAAGCUGGGUAUGCAGAUUUCAUACUGGUAACAUUUCUUUCUUGGAGCCAUAGAGUGGAUAAGAAGCUCUGGACGGAAAUCAUGGCAAUGGGCAGUGGUGAGUUUCAGGUGCUCUGGGAUGCCUGCUCUGCAUGGAUGGAAGGCCAAGGGGAGGAUAUUGAAGUGCCGAUUCCUCCCGAUGGUUCAGGAGUUUAA